CUGGGGACAAGGCGCCAUGUUUUUUUUCGUGUUGCACUGUUUUUGGCUUCUUCCUUGUUGUCUUUAAUCUUCCGUGAUACCGAAGCUUGAAUUGACUGAUAACAUGACAGAGCUGUAUUGUAUUGUCGGGGGGAUUGGAAGUGCUGCCUUGUCAGUUAUCUGUUAUGCCGUUUAUAGGAAUCGUUCGAGCGUGCUUCACGCCGUAGAGGGAGCAGCUAACAUAGACAUUAGUAGUGCACUGACAGCAUUACAAGCUAGGGAAGAUAAAUGUAUUCCAUAUGCCGUGAUUACUGGUGAAGCACAUCCACUGAAAUGGGAUGAUUUGAUUGAAAGCUCAUAUAAGCAAGGGGUCAAAGGGCUUAUUCAGGAAGUGAAGAUUUUGGAACAUAAGAGUGAAUAUAGCAAAUCCUCCAGAACUUGGUUCAAUUCUCAAAGACUCCUAAGCAUGGCAACAGAUGCCAUCCCAUUUAUCCUUCGGGGCCCAUAUUAUGGAUUUGUGAAAGUUACAGAACCACUAAAGGCUCGCAACUUGGAUCUCAAAGUCAUCUAUGAUAAAUUUGAGCCAGCUGAUUCUACUCUGGGUAAGACACUGAUGGACUGGGUAAGUGGAGAUAAAACUAAAGGAUUCCAGGCUGUGGAAAGGAUGCUGUGUCCGGGAACAACACUUACGGGAAUAGGUGAGCUAUCCUUGUCAGAGGGAGGAGUGCAGAUAUCUCCACCAUCAAACAGCUUGCCUUACUAUCUAACACAGCUAAGCGUUGAAGCCAUCAUCAAACAACUCAAGUCAUCUAGAAAGACCUGGAUGGUCUUGAGUGCUAUUUUCGCGUGUGGAGGAAGCAUCCUUUUGCUAGUCGUCUUGUAUAAAGCAUGGUCAAGACGUCGAGAGAGGGCUAGACGUGAACGAGAAGUUGAACCGUGGAAUUUCCGGGAGGCUGCAAGAGUGGAGGUGAACAUUCCAGACAUGGACGAAAACCAAGGAACGCAGUGUGUUAUUUGUCUUGAGAAUCAGCGCAAUGUAGUGCUCCUGAAUUGUGGUCAUGUAUGUUCAUGUAGGACAUGUGCACAGCAAAUCCAUCAGUGUCCUGUGUGCAGGGGAGAUAUAGUUCGCAUGGUGCCCAUUUACCAGAGCUAAUAAUGCAGUAGCAAACAUGUAGUUUAAAUUGAGUUGGUGUAUUAAAAAAGGCAGACGAGUUUGUAUAUAACAGACCUGAUAAGGUCAGAACUAGUCUGGCUGAUGCUGCCACUACUGAAAAUCAAGCUUAUAUACACUAAAGGUCAACGAAUGCACUGGUAUACUAUAGAUGUUGAAAAAGUGGCGGCUUCAACUGCAAGACAAUAUCUUUAAGUUGAAUCAAAUUUCUAUUAGGUAUUCUAUUAAUUGGACUUACUAAGCACAUGAGCUUUUGGGUGGAAAACUUAUGCCUUUUAAACGAAACACUUUAUUUAAACAACAUAAAGCUCACCCAUUUUCUGUCUGGCUAUGUGACGAAAGCUGACGUUAAUGUUGUUAUUCUUCUGCUUCUGAGAGAGUGCAAGUUUGCCAAUGAAAAUACAGAGUAUGAGGAAAUAAUAAAACCAUGGCACCUGUA